AUGCAAAUUCUUCAGUGCUAUAGAUUUUCUGGCAUAAAUGGGGUUCUAUAUUACACUCCUCAGAUUCUUGAGCAAGCAGGGGUUGCAAUUCUCUUAUCAAAUUUGGGCCUUAGCUCCACCCCUGCCUCUAUUUUCAUAAGUGCUCUAACAACCUUGUUGAUGAUGCUUCCAUCCAUAGGCAUUGCCAUGAGACUAAUGGAUACCACUGGCAGAAGGUCACUGUUGCUGACGACGCUGCCUGUACUGACCGGGACUCUCCUAGAAUUAAUUUUCGGACAACUUGUCCAUAUGGGUUCUGUUGUCAAUGCAACAAUUUCCAGCAUCAGUGUGGUGGUCUACUUGUGCUGCUUUGUCAUGGGUUUUGGACCAAUUCCUAACAUUCUUUGCUCCGAGAUCUUCCCCACUUGUGUUCGCCGCCUCCGCAUCGCCAUUCGUGCCCUCACAUUUCUGAUUGGAGACAUCAUUGUCACUUACACAUUGCCUGUCAUGCUCACCUCCAUUGGUCUUGCUGGUGUCUUUGCCAUCUAUGCUGUGCACCAUUUCUUGGGUGUUUGUGUUCUUGAAGGUGCCGGAAACAAAGGGCAUGCCCCUUGA